AGUGCGGCCUGUGAUCGAGGCUAUAAUAGUCAGGUGGGUGAAACGACCCGUACCAAUCUUCACAUUUUCCACAUUCUAAACUGAGUUGAGUGACUAUCACAGCUACGCCAGCUUAAGGGCAUGAAUACACUAGACAGAUCAUUGGUACUCAUUGUCCUCCUCCUGGCAAGCUACUCUCUGGCUGUCAAACCAUCAUGUAAGCAAAGACUUUGUCCAAGCCUUCAACAAAAGGAUGGACGACACGGCCAAGUCAAACUUUGCUGGUGGGGACAUAAAUUGGGAGGAGGAGAAACUCGGCUCCUACGCUAACAGUGAGGUUCGAUUGAUCGAGAUGCUGGACGAUGUUUGUAAACAUUCAGACUAUGAUUGCCAUCGACUGCUGGAGAAUUAUGAGGAGGAGAUUGAGAGAUGGUGGUUCAAGCUGAGACAUAAGCAGGAGGGCUAUGAUGAUCUAAAGCAGUGGUUGUGCUCAACUAACCUCGAUGGCCAAGUGCCUUAAGUGGCUUCUCAAGACGGUGAAGAAGAGGAACGAACAGUCGGAAGUGACAUAGAUACUGCUGUUUACCCCCGCCCACUUUUCCGCACAGGGAGGACACCUCGACUGUCUACAGGGAGAACCAGAAGCCGGUGGAUUGUGCCGAUGCUAUGGGUCAGAAUAUCUGUGUCCGCUAUCUCAUGAUGUACGAGACUUGUUGGGCACUCUCCGGAGAACUGACACACAUGGCCGAGCAGCUCGCUAUCAGGGGUCAAGUACCUGUGUGGAAGGCGCCCCCUGAACCACCCACUAACCCUAAACGAUCCUCCAAUCGUCCCCCUGUACCCCCGGAUCCUGCUGCUAAGAAGAGGUCAUGAGGGUCAAAGGACAGAGGUCAUGAGGCGGCAGAUAAAGGGGAGGACCAUAAUACCAUUGACUAUCGAACAGCCACCCACCAAGAAGUGUUAGAGAAGCAGAUGACGUCAGUAGCUCAGCGUAUGAAUGCUAAUGGAGAGGCUCGUAAACGUGGUGGUAGUAUGACUCGAACCUUCUCCCCCCUCACUCCUAUCAUACAGCGCCUCUACAGCAAGUCAGAUGAGGUGAGAGACACUGUACAUGUGUGUAGCUUGUGUGCAAUACAGUAGAGUUACGUACGCACUGUAGCAUACCUGUUUGGUAGUGGCCAUGCACCAGGCAGAGGUUUGGGGCCCGGCUGUAUUAUAGAGGGUGGCCUGCUAACACAGAUCCAAACACAUGCUAUGGAAACUUUGGGGCUCAUUAACCUGGCUGUAUUAUAGAGGGUGGCCUGCUAACACAGGUCCAAACACAUGCUAUGGAGCCCACCUGACCACCUGGCUGUAUUAUAGAGGCUGCAUGUACUUGUAGGGUAUAGACAGGUUUCAAUGUAACAAACAGCAUACACUUAUUUAGUAGCCACCUACAUUGUUUGAUUUCUGUGCCCAGGCUGAUAGCAAGAGUGAGAGGUCCUCCAGGAGCCAGAGACACACAGAAGACGCUAGGAGAUCGGCUCCGAAAGUCAAGUUCUCUAAAACUAUUACCGAGUUUCCAGACUACAGUCGCUAUGCCAACCCGACAGAGAUCAAAUCAGUAUCAAGCCCAGGUCAAAGUCCGUCCCAUAGUCACCAUGGCAAGUUGGAUGGGGACUCGCUGAGGGUCAAA